ACGCACUGUAAUAUUCAAUGGUUUUUCGCUAAUCCUGAAUAAGGAAAAAAUCGCAGUUUCACACAAUGACUCAAUUAGUUUUUAAGUUCGUUAACAGCUUCGUGAGAGGACGCAUCAUAGUUAAGUGAAGAAGAUUGUUUAGUUUAAGUUUUCAAGGUGGAAAGUCAGAGAAUCAACGGAGACCAGAUGAACGCGAGCCCUUCAUCUUCAAAAUCAUCAACCCAAAGAGUUACCACAACCAUUCAAGAUGAACUUACAUGGGGAAUAAUGUAUAGAAACCAAAACGCCAAGAAGAACGAUAUUCCUUUACAACUUGCCUGUUCACCACUCAGUAUACAUCAGUGUACCAUUGAUAAAGUAGUGAAGAAAACUUGUAUUUAUCCACCUCCUGAAGAACAACCAUCUAGAGUGAAGAAAAGAUGCGCCAAAAAGGAAAUAUGCGUUAACACAAAAAAUCUUCAUGCAGGACAAGUGGAUCUACUGGGUAGGAGCGUUCUAAAUCAGAAGGAAUACAUGGAUGUUCUCGCAGUGCCCAACAUACGUUGCUUCAAUAAACCAGUGAGAAGGACGAGAAGAAGAAGAAGAGGAAGAAAAUACAAAUGCUUCGUGGAUCGAUGUUCACCGCGGAUCAUCAAAUUGUCUAUUCCCAGAAAGCACCACGUACUAGGGACCUGGCAAGAACAUCAGUGUUUCCUCCCUUCAGAAUUCAUCCAGAGAUUACACGAUCUUCUACAUGCAGAAAAUAAUAUUACCAUAAAAGACGUGAGGUAUUACUUCAAAAAAUUCGAUAGAAGAAAAAGACAUCUUAAAAUGUCAUUGAAAAGAAGAAGAAGAAAACGGGAUAUUUGCGACGUGAUGUGGACUAGAUGUGAAGUAACGAAUAUGGCGAAUAUGAUAGUGAAUUAUUUUAUAGAAGAGCCAUUACUUGACCUCAGCUUCAAGCAGUUAUUCAUAUCGUCUAUACUGAUCAAUUUCAUGCGCAGAACUGGAAAAAUUCGACAGCGUUUGACAAGGAGUACAAGAAGAGCAUUUCCCACCACUAUCAUCGAAAUUUGUGAUAAACUGGCAGUAUGGUUGGAUUCUGUGGUGAAGUUAGUCGACUUCCAGCCCAUUGACGAUGAAGAACUAUCCGAAGAUAUAGAUGACUGGGGUCCAGGUGAGGAGGAAGGUGAAGAAUUUUUCGGAAUGACGCAGUAUGAAGGAGACGAAGAUGAAGAGGAGGAAGAAGAGGAAGACGAAGACGAAAUUGACGAACCGAAAUAGAAUAUACCGAUUUCAUAUAAUAAGUUGAGGUUAUUCACUUAUAUUAUGUUAUGAAUUAUUGUGUAUGUGUUCUGUUGGCCAUAAAAGAUUAUAAUAAUAA